UGGCAACCCUGCUCGCUUACUAUUUAUAAUUAUAAUCUAUAUAAAAGUUAUAAAUCUAAAAUAUUUAAUUUUUUUUGUGUCAACAUUAUAACCAGGAUUCAAGACAUCAGAAAUGAAUAGAUUGUUUGGAAAAGAAAAGGCUAAAGAACCUGCACCUAGUAUUUCGGAUGCUAUUGCAGGGGUAGAUCAAAGAGCAGAAGCUGUAGAAAAGAAGAUAAACUCUUUGGAAAAUGAUCUACGAAAAUUUCGUGACCAGUUAUCAAAGAUGAGAGAAGGACCUGGAAAAAAUGCUGUUAAAGCUAAAGCAUUACGAAUUCUGAAACAAAAGAAGGCUUACGAAAACCAACUAGAUAAUUUACGAGGUCAGUCGUUCAAUAUGGAACAAGCAAACAUGGCUCAUCAGGCUCUGAAAGAUACUCAUACAACUGUCAUUGCAAUGAAGGAUGGGAUGAAACAAAUGAAAAAAGAGUUCAAGAAGAUCAACAUCGAUGAUAUUGAUGAUGUCCAAGAUGAACUGGCAGACAUGUUGGAGCAAGCAGAUGAAGUACAGGAAGCAUUAGGAAGAACCUAUAAUACACCUGAAAUAGAUGAUGAUGAAUUGGCUGCAGAAUUGGAUGCCCUGGGAGAUGAAAUGAAUCUUGAUGACGAUCAGAGUUAUUUAGACGAUGUUUUGAAGGCUCCAGAAGCUCCAAGUACCAAACCAGACUCGGAAAGAGACACUAAUAAGAAUGGAGUUCCCGUAGACGAGUUUGGAUUACCGCAACUGAAUAAAUGAACUCCGAAUGUUCCGUGAGACCCAAAAGUAUAUUAUAGAAUAAAGUAUAUAUAUAUAUAUUCAUUUGAAUUUUUUUUAUAUGUAAAAUAAUCUUUGAUCAAUAAAUUUUGCUGAAAACUUACUUCAAAUGCAUGAAAAA